AUGGCCGAUAAGGGUCGCUCAUCGUCGACCAAGAAGGCGCCCAAGACGCCGGGGCGCGAGGCCGCCUCGCCUCGCGAUCGAGACCGCGACCGCGACCGGGAGAGGGAGCGGGACACGAAGAAGGGCGAGGAGCCCUCGCGCUCGCGUUCGGAGCGGGACAACCGCUCGCUGAUGGCCAAGGACGACACCAAGAAGCGGGGAGACGACCGCAGGCGCGAGAGCGAGAAGAAGGAGCGCAGCAGCGGCGACAAGCCCAGCUCCUCGUCCUCGUCGUCGGGUGGUCGACACGGGGGCGGCACCAUACGCGACAAGAGCCGGAAGGGAGGGAGCGGCAUCAGCAGCGGCAGCGUCCUCACGCCCACCGGCGAGGGCGGCCCGCGCGAGGGCAUGGACUCGGUGAUCGCCGGCCUGCAGGCCUUCAUGCCCGUCGACCACACCACCACCAACGGCGAGGCAGGUGCGGGAGCGGCGGCGGCGGCGGGGUUGGAGGGCGAGGAGGAGGAGGAGGACGACAUCCAGGUGCUGGACGCGGAGGGUCGUUCGUGCGGGCUGCACAUCGCGGCGGCCAAGGACAACGUGGCGGACGUGGCGCGGUACAUCAAGGCCGGGUACGACGUGAACAAGCCCGACGCCGAGGGGGCGACGGCCCUGCACCACGCAGCCUACCGGGGCUCGCUGCAGGCGGCCAAGGUGCUCAUGGAGGCCGGCGCGCAGGUGGACGCCACCGACACCGACCUGGUGACGCCGCUGCUGCACGCGGCCUUCAUGGGCCAGGCCGAGGUGGUCAAGCUGCUGGUGGCCCGGGGCGCCAACAUCAACCACAAGGACAAGGACGGCGGGAUGGCCCUCCAGAACGCGUGCUACAACGGACACGUGGGCUGCGUGCAGAUCCUGAUCGACGCCGGCGCCGACAUGAACCACGUCGACGAGGACAGCUCCACGUGCCUCCACUACGCGGCCUUUGGCGGCAACCUCGAGGUGCUCAAGGUGCUCCUCAAGACCAAGGUCAAGAUCGAGGCCCGCGACAAGGACGGCCAGACCGCCAUGCACCACGCCGCCUACAACGGAUACCUCAACAUCUGCUCCGCCCUCGUCGACAACGGCGCCAAGCCCUCCGCCCUCGACUUUGGCGGCGCCACGCCCCUCCACCUCGCCGCCUACAACAACAAGCUCUCCGUGGUGGAGUACCUGUUGUCGCUCAAGGUGGACCUGGACAAGCAGGACAAAGAGGGCGCGACGCCGCUGCACAAGUCGGCCUACAUGGGCGACAACGACGUGCUCAAGCUGCUGAUCGACAAGGGGGCCAACGUGCGGAGCGUGGACAACGAGGGCGCGACGCCGCUGCACAAGGCGGCCUUCAACGGGCGCGCGUGGUGCGUCAAGUACCUGCUGGAGAAGGGGGCCAGCGUGGACGCCGUGGACAGCGAGAAGGGCACGCCGCUGCACAACGCGGUGUACAACGGGCACACGGACUGCGCGGCGAUCCUCAUCCGCCACAAGGCCAAGAUCGACGCCUUCGACGGGGUGGGGCGCACGGCGCUGCACGGGGCGGCGUGCUUCGGGUACCGGGACUGCGCGGCGCUGCUGCUGGAGAACGCGGCCAACCCGAACUGCCCCGACAACGAGAAGUUCACGCCGCUGCACCUGGCGGCCUUCAACGGGUCGACGACGACGGCGGUGUUCCUGCUGGACCGCGGGGCCAACCCGCGCGCCAAGAACGCGGAGGGGACGACGCCGCUGCACUACGCGGCCUACCGCGGGCACACGGGCAUCGUGAGCCUGCUGCUGGAGCGCAAGGCGCCCGUCGAGGUGGCCAACGACAAGGGACAGACGCCGCUGCACAACGCGGCGCUGGGCGGGCAGGUGGAGGCGGCGGCCUACCUGAUCUACAAGGGGGCCGACGUCAACGUGCAGGACACGGAGCGCGGGGACACGCCGCUGCACCUGGCCAUCCGGUCGGACGAGGUGGAGAUGUGCGCCCUGCUGGUGUCCAAGAAGGCCGACUGGGACCGGCUCAAGAACCGGGACGGGGACACGGCCUACAAGCUCGCCCAGGAGGUCAAGUUCCCGGCCAUCCUCGAGUUCUUCUCCAUCCUCAGCUCCGACAAGAACCCGAUGAACCCGGAGAACCGCGCCAAGUGGAUGAACCUCAAGCGCUCCGACAAGAAGAAGGAGCUCGCCGAGCUGCGCACCCUGUGGCACGUGCUCAAGGGCCAGACCAUGCCCCUCGGCGGCGCCCUGCCCGACCCGUCGCCCAUGGGCGGCCGAGGAGGGCACGAGGGCCAGAAGGGCACCAACUUUGAGAACCUGGGCUACGCCGCCCUGGGCGACCUCAACGACCCGGUCUCCAUCUGCGCCCAGGUCAAGUGGGAGGCCAACCGCCUCAAGUCCUCCAAGAACCUCCUCAACCUCCUCCGCCACCUCCUCCUCAUCCCCACCCACCAGAAGGUGGGCGCCAAGAUCUGGGAGGUGCUCGAGUUCUUCGUCCACGGCGUGUGCAUCCUCCGCGACGAACACGACGUCUCCAAGGACCUCACCCGCCUCUCCCUCGAGGCCUUCAAGAAGGCCCUCAACCGCAAGGACAAGAUCGUCGUCGACGACAAGCUCGCCCUCCUCCACACCAUCGAGGAGGCCCUCAAGAUCCUCUUCCCCCAGUGCGAGACACAGGGCGACGACGUCGUCGAGCUCAUCUGGGAGGGCAUCGGCGACGGCGACGCCAACGACGACGACGACAGCGACGGCGACGACGACGACUCGGAGAAGGAGGUCGACGAGGACGGCGCCACCGAGUACAACUCUUCCGACGAGGAGACCGCCAAGUCCGCCAAGAAGGUCAAGCCCCGCAUGCGCGUCAACCCCAAGACCGGCGAGAGCGAGAUCCAGGCCGACAUGGAACUCGACAAGGACGAGGAGAACGAAGAGGAGACCAAGUCCAAGGUGGUCGACUUCGAGCUGCCCUCCAUUCCCGACAUCGAGGACGACGAGCCCGAGGCUCCCGCCGGUGCCACGCCAAGCGCGGACGCCGGCGGCAUUCCGCCCCCGCCCCCCAUGUUCGGAGGUCCGCCUCCUCCGCCGGGCGCGGGUCCUCCGCCGCCCCCGGGCAUGGGCCCGCCCCCGCUGCCGGGCAAGGCGGCCUUCAACGGCAUCAAGCUCAAGCGCUUCAACUGGAUCAAGGUUCCGCCGGGCAAGCUGAAGAAGUCGAUGUGGGUGCAGGCGGAGAAGAACACGAAGGGCAUCGUCCUCGAGAACAAGACCCUCGAGUCCCUCUUCUUCCUCCCCACCGGCAAGGAAAAGGAGGAGGAGGCCAAGAACCCCAAGGGCCAGGUGUCGAUCAUCAACAUCCAGCGCGCCAACAACGUGGGCAUCCUCCUUUGCCGAUUCCCCAUCUCUCACAGCGAGAUCAGGAAGUCCAUCCUCGCCUGCGAUGAGAAGGUGCUCAGUCUCGACAUGGCCCGCUCUCUGGUGCGGCUGGCGCCCACCAAGGACGAGAUCGAGAUGAUCCAGCAGUACAAGGGCGACAAGGACAAGCUGGGCGCGGCGGAGAAGUUCUUCCUGGAGAUGAUGGUCAUCCCGCGGUUGGCCGAGCGACUGGCGUGCUUCGUGUACAAGGGCGAAUUCGCCACGCGCUACGAAGAGCUCAGGAUCGACAUCAAGGAGUGCAACGUCGCCAUGCAUGAGCUCCGCACCAGCAACAAGCUCCGCCGCAUCAUGGAGGUGGUCCUCGUGCUGGGCAACUUCAUGAACCGGGCCUACGGCUACAACGGACAGGGUCAGGGCUACACCACCGACUCGCUCAUUAAGCUCGUCGACACCAAGUCCACCAUCAAGGUCAAGGGCCGCUCCACCUACCACCUCCUCCACCACCUCAUCCAGUAUUUGGAGAGGGUCAAGGUCGAGCUGCUGGGGUGGCGCGAGGAGAUGCCUCACAUCCGCGAUGGCCACAUGGAGCGCAUGAACGAGACCAUCCGCCAGGUCACCGUCAUCAGGGAAGGCCUCGCCCAGGUCGAGGAGGAGAUCAAGCACCACAAGGGCUCCAAGGCGACGGAUCCGUUCGGGAAGGUGAUGAGCGACUUCUUCGAGGAGGCCAAGGAGCAGCUGGACAAGCUGAACGAGGACGUGACGCAGAUGAAGAAGCGGUACGAGAACUUGUGCGCCUACUUCGGAGAGGAUCCUGCCAAGGCGGACCCGGUGUCGCAGAUCGUCAAGUUCGGGGAGGCCUUCAAGGUGGCCGUGGCCGAGAACGCGCUCGCGCAGGCGGCCAAGGAGCAGGCAGCCAAGAAGGCGCUGGCGGCGUCGCAGAUGAAGAAGCGCAUCUCCGUGGGCCAGCGCAAGUCGACCAAGGGCAAGCAGAUCAAGCCGGAGGGCGCCGCCCUGGGCAAGAAGGCCGCCAAGGUGUCGGCCAAGCACCUCGACAAGCGGCGAGAGGCCGGCGCCAAGCGCGUCACCGACCGCAUGCAGCGCCUCAAGGGCAAGGCCAUCGGCCGCAAGAACUCCAUCGCCAAGUCCGACGAGGCCCCCGCCACCGAGGAGGCCGCCUAA